AUGUUGAAUACAACAAAAUUGCUCGUUUUAAUUGUUAUCAUUGUCAUCGCUAUGCCUAAUGCAAUGGGACGAAGAGUGUCAUUAUGCAAUCAAAAAUGCAAGAAAUUUUGGCAUUGCUUAUUGGAAGGUGAGCCAGACUGUGACAAUUAUAAAGGACAAUGCGAAUGUAAAACGGAACCAACUUAA